AUGGAGCCCCGCACAAAGGCUCCACGCCAUGAGACGAAGGGAACCUCCGUAAACGCUAUAUUUGCCUUGACAGGUCCAAGUGCCGGUGUGUUGCACAUUCGCUCGGACUCGCCCCUGCCACAGGCGGGCACUCUUGAUGACGCCGUGAUGUCGGUGUUAAAUAGCUGCUUUGGGGCGGUGGCAGUGCUGGCAGAUCAGUAUUGGCGCGCUGCAUCGCAACAUCACACGUUGUUUCAAACCCCUGAUUCUCGAGAGCAGGCGGCAGUCCACCCAGCAGUGCCUUCCACCUCUUUGUUGCUGGCCACAGGAACAGUAAAACGCCCCGACCCAAACAGCAUCCCCCGCUCAUUCUACCACACAAGACUAGAUGCUAUCUCGAACCGACGCUAUGUGGUUGAUCACGGUGCCCUUGUCAUUGCGGCAGACAAUCGUAGUGGAUCUGGAGGGAAGAUGUUUAACACGCUACCUCGGCAAGAGUUGGCUUCUUUUGUUGACGCAAUCCCGAUGUGCCACCAGCGUAACCUCUACGUUUUGGUGGACGAAAACGCCGCAGUGGACCCAUUCUUUGAUAUCGACUGUCCUAUACCAUUUCCAUGGUUGAAGGAGAAGAAGGGAGAAGAGACAGAAUUUGACGCAGGGGAGAGACAUGGGCCAAGUCCUUUACCGGUGUCAGAGGCGACAACGGCUUCUGUUGAAGACUGCCUGGGUCAAAUAUUACGGUUUCUGCGGGAUAAAGUGGAGGCAGAAACAGGGUCCAAACUGCGGGAGUGCGUGGUGCUGACGAGCUCCGUGAUUGUACAGAACGAUAUGAACACGAGUAGGCGUGCUGGGAGCGAGGGUAUGGCGGAGGUGGGACAAGAAGAAGAGGAAACUAGUCCUUUGAUUAGCUCCCGAGAGAGCAAGCUAAGUUUUCAUGUUCAUUUUCGUCUGGAUAGCAAUACUGCAUUUGCCAAUGUGAGGGAGCUACAUAAGUUCAUGUUGCGGGUUCGAGAAGAACUGGAUGUGGCUCUUUCAUCGACUGAAAAUUCCAACUCGGUUUGCCGUUACCGUAUGCUGCGGCAGUGCAUUGACUUUGGUGUCUACACGCGUUGGCGGGCGUUUAGGUUGCCGUAUAAUGUGAAGGCCCUAUCUUCUACCGGGCUUUGUCCUGUAGACGCUGCGGGGCUUGACCUAAUGCGUUUGGCUGUUUCUCAGUUUUCACAGUCAAUUUUUGUCCCUGAGGUUGACGUCGGCGCGGUGGCUCCUUUAGUGGUGCAGCAUAUAGAUCUUUCUUUCUUACAUCAGGUCGCUUCAUCAGCACAUCGACAGCAUCAGCACCGCAUGAUUACAAAGCUUUUUUUUCUAUUCAGGUUUUUGUUACCCGUAAUACCGGGUAAGACUGCGAUUGGCAAUAAGGAUCUUUUUGAUUUCUUGUCCAAGUAUGUGCCAUGUCUCCCAAUCGCGAGUGAAAUUGAUGAAAGGUAUCGCCAAAAUUUUGUAUCUGCCGUGUUUGACCUUGCUGCGAUUCAACGAGACAAGGCUCCCAUAGGAAUGGAUGCGGAGUCGGAUGCCGGUUCGCUUCGUCUCAUUGCGUUUGAACAGAACACAGGUGAGGAACGAAGUGUGGAAAAAUGUUGUGACCCCUUUGCGGUGCCGAGGCCUCCACACCGUGAUGGUGUUCGUAUACCUGUGCAUGAUAAGCAUGUGAAGGAACUUGUGGCGGAAGUUUUUCGCUGCCUGUGCGCCGCAUACAAUGGUUGUGGUGGAGGUGGGAUUAUGGUUAAAGAUAAUCAUGAAGCUAGAAGCAAUCGGUGUGGGGUGACGCCCCCUAUCAUGGGGGAUCGGGUGAGUGUGCAGUACCAGGAUGGUAUUCGGGCUUAUUAUGUGCAACAAAAAGUGUCAAGGUAUUGCCUGAAUCAAGGUCGUGCGCAUCGUGGGACGUAUCCGCAGUUAUAUCUGACGUACGCGUCAAUCAAGCUCCGUUGUUACAGCAAUGAUUGUCAUCAUCGCUGUCUUGCGGUGCGCUGGUCGACGGGGAAAGAGGAGCAGGUGAUGGGAGUAAAAGCAGUAGUCCUUCCCGUGAACGAGUGUGGGUACCCAAAGUACGAGAGGUUGACUCAGAUACGUCAUCUGCUUUUUCCACCACUUCCUCCAGAGGAACUGCUGAGACGCUACGGCUCUGUGGUACUUGGAGGGGUACAACCGCAGGAGUAUGAGGAGGAGAUGGAGGAGCAGGUGUAG